UCACUUUUCAGUAUUUUCAGUCACUUACUUCUAAAUGAUAAAUCAAAGAAUAUGAAUGGACAUAAUGAUUUGUUGUAGCCCUCAUCUUUCUUUUCUGUCAGUUCAUCAAUGACCUUUCUGAAACCUUGGGUGUGUGUGAGCCAGUGUGAGAAAAAUCACACCUGAUUCCAGUUUUUGUGAUUGCAGCUUAAGGCUCAGACUUGUGCUUCACUGAGACUAUUUCAUCUGCGUGACUGCGAGGCAGGUGAAGGAUGCUGCUGUCGAGAAACACAUUCACAAUUUCACUUUGGAGUGAAAGAGUUUUGAGAUAAAAAGUCUCGGCAGCAGCUUUGUGCGACAGGCUGAAGCAUUAUGGCUCAGUUUGGCUCCAGAGAAGAGAACAGCUACUCUCUGAGCAGCAGCGUCAUCACUAAUCUACGCUCCUACUUUAGAAACAGUCCUCUAAUGCAUAAUGUGAUAUCACAACUACCAACCAUGACGGAGAGAGAGCAGCGUUCUUUUAUUCUGGAGAACAACAGUGAAGAGGAUGGCGUGGGCCUUGAUGAGAGCGGUGACUCCCUGAACCAGUUUGAGGAUAGCCGUUCUCCCAUAGACGUAUCCUCUGCCAUCAGCUCGGUGGCCUUAAAGAGCACAUGGGAUUUGGGUGAAAUGCACUCAGUGUCCAAGUUGCUCUCAGUUCCUGAACUUGAAAAAGACAGCUCCUUGUUUGAUCAGGAUGAAGGUUCAGAGGGGGCUGUAGAUCCAGUUGAGGAGGAAGAGCGGAGUGUAUCCUUCCAGUCAAAGUACAUCCAUAUUUUCCCUCUGUAUCAGGACUACAGUCUGCAGGCGAUGAGAGACGAUCUGCACAGGCUCGACAAGAGUUUUGUGUCUGAGCUAAUAACACCCCAGUAUCUGCAGGGUCUGCAGUCCCAUCUUGGCGCUCUUUGUAACAUCCCCGCGUCCCCUCGGUUUCACCCACCUGAAGCCACUCCGUCCUCACCUCCACCUCAGCCUGUCAGGGUGACUCCUUGUACCCUUUGGCAAGAUCUAGAUGAGGUGAAGGCAUCUGGACUGCUCAGCAGUUUGACCACCAGAGAGAUUCGCCUUCAGGAGUCAAUGUUUGAGUUAAUCGGCUCCGAGGCGUCUUACCUGAGGAGCCUUGGAGUUGCUGUCAGUCAUUUCCACGCGUCGAAGCCGCUAAAACAGACGCUGUCUCAAAUGGAGCAUCACAUUUUGUUUUCCAACAUCCGCCGAGUCAGGGCAGCCAGUGAAAAGUUUCUCAUGGAUCUGGAGAUGCGAUUGGGAGAGAGUGUGUUAAUGUCUCAGGUUGGAGACAUUGUGCUCCAGCACUGCCCUGAGUUUCACACUCUCUAUGUGCCUUAUGUGACUAACAUGAUGUACCAGGAGGCUCUUAUAAACCAGCUGCUGCAGCAGAACAGAGACUUCCUGUAUUCACUCAAGAAGCUUGAGAGUGACCCAGUGUGUCAGAGACAGAGCCUCAAGUCAUUCCUCGUCCUUCCCUUCCAGAGAAUCACUCGUGUUAAACUUCUGCUGGAGAACAUCCUGAAACUGACUGAACCAGACUCUGACUCAGUUUCAGAGCUUGAGAAAGCAAUAGAAGCCAUUCAUGAGAUAGUGGCUGAGUGUGACAAGGGCGUCCGAAAGAUGAAACAAAUUGAGGAGCUGGUCUGUUUGGAGACGCUGCUGGAUUUUGGCAAAGUUAAGUCAGUUCCUCUGGUUGUGAGCGGGCGUUUCCUGGUGCGUCAGGGUCCCAUGAGACAGCUGACUGUGGAGGGCACUCACAGCUCCAGGACAUCAUUCAUCAGCGUCCACCUCCACCUGUUCAACGACCUCCUGAUCAUCUCCUCAAAGAAGGAUCAGCGGUUCAUGGUUUUGGAUCACGCUGAAUUCCCCACACACGUGCGCACCGAGCGUCUGAAGACUGAAGUCCUGGGUUUACCUCCAGACUCCUUCCUGCUGCACCUCUCUCGAAGCCAAACGGGACAUCCAACCGCCAUGAUCCUCGUCACAUACGCAAGGUCAGAUAAAGACGUGUGGAUGAAGGUGCUGUCGGGUAAACAGUGAUGGGAACAUGAUGACGAUUUUGAUCUUACAUCAAACUUUGGUUGUUUCAAUUUGCACACUAAUGAUAUGAAUCUUGUUAACUAACUUUAACACACUUGUUCACUCUUGAGAUUUUAUAUUAAGUUGACUGCACUUGAUAAUGUUCUUGAUAAAGGCACCUUACAGCAUCAUGUAACACAAAGCAUUCAAACAUGCACUGAAUUCAUCACAAUUACACUAACACAGAGAGUGAGAGGAUACUUUUUAAUUACUGGGAAUACUAUUUUUUUACUUGUAUUAAAUACUGGUCUCUUUUAA